GAGCAGAGCUGAGGAGCCCUGGGGAAUCUCAAAGUUUGUGUCUGGAGCAGUAGUGGAAAGUGAGCUUAGUGAGAAGGGCUUUUCUUGGGAUGAGUACUGAUCUCCUGCCUUUAUUUUGGAUACACACCCUGCUCUAUUCUCCUCAGCCUUCGGUCUGAUCUCUAGACAGUCUGUCUCCUCUGGGGAUUCUCAAAUCUCCGAGGACGCUGGACCGGAGCCCUUGGCAAUUCUCUCUCAGGCAGAGGAGCGAACGUUUUCCUUCCUAAGUGCAUAAGCUACACGCAUACGCACACACACGCACACACACUCACGCAGAGGCGGAUCUCGCCCUCCGAGGCCGCCCUACCCGCUCCCCUCCUGCCCUCAGCAUCCUCGGCCCAGCGCGCCUCGGACCACCAUGGAGGUGCUGGAGAGCGGGGAGCAGAGCGUCCUGCAGUGGGACCGCAAGCUGAGCGAGCUGUCAGAGCCCGGGGACACCGAGGCUCUCAUGUAUCACACGCACUUCUCGGAGCUGCUGGAUGAGUUUUCCCAGAACGUCUUGGGCCAGCUCCUGAACGACCCUUUCCUCUCAGAGAAGAGUGUGUCGAUGGAGGUAGAGCCGUCCCCAACGUCCCCGGCGCCUCUCAUUCAGGCCGAGCACAGCUACUCCCUGUGUGAGGAGCCUCGGGCCCAGUCACCGUUCGCCCACGUCACCGCCAGUGACAGCUUCAAUGAUGAUGAAGUGGAGAGUGAGAAAUGGUACCUGUCUACAGACUUUCCAUCAACAACCAUCAAGACAGAGCCAAUCACGGACGAGCCGCCCUCAGGACUAGUUCCGUCUGUCACUCUGACCAUCACUGCCAUCUCCACCCCUUUUGAGAAGGAGGAACCCCCUCUGGAAAUGAACGCUGGGGUUGAUUCCUCAUGCCAGACAGUUAUUCCUAAGAUUAAGCUGGAACCUCAUGAAGUGGAUCAGUUCCUCAACUUCUCUCCUAAGGAAGCCUCCGUGGACCACCUGCACUUACCGCCCACCCCUCCCAGCAGCCACAGCAGCGACUCAGAGGGCAGCCUGAGCCCCAGCCCGCGCCUGCACCCCUUUGGCCUGCCGCAGACCCACAGCCCCGCCAGGGCCCCAGCGCGGGCCCCCUCGGCACUUGCCAGCUCCCCACUCCUCACCGCACCGCACAAGCUGCAGGGAUCAGGCCCCCUGGUCCUGACGGAGGAGGAGAAGAGGACCCUGAUCGCCGAGGGCUAUCCCAUCCCCACCAAGUUGCCCCUGACAAAAUCAGAGGAGAAGGCCCUGAAGAAAAUCCGGAGGAAAAUCAAGAAUAAGAUUUCUGCCCAGGAAAGUAGGAGGAAGAAGAAGGAAUACAUGGACAGCUUGGAGAAAAAGGUGGAGUCUUGUUCAACAGAGAACUUGGAGCUUCGGAAGAAGGUGGAGGUUCUGGAGAACACCAACAGAACUCUCCUGCAGCAGCUGCAGAAGCUUCAGACUUUGGUGAUGGGCAAGGUUUCUCGCACCUGCAAGCUGGCUGGCACGCAGACUGGCACCUGCCUCAUGGUUGUUGUGCUAUGCUUUGCCGUUGCAUUCGGCACCUUCUUUCAGGGCUAUGGGCCCUAUCCUUCUGCCACCAAGAUGGCCCUGCCCAACCAGCAUUCCAUGCAGGAGCCCUACACAGCCUCCGUUGUGAGAUCCAGGAACCUGCUGAUCUAUGAGGAACAUUCUCCCCUGGAGGAGCCGUCCAGUUCGGCCUCGGCUGGGGAGCUCGGGCGCUGGGACGGAGGUUCCUCCCUGCUCAGGGCAUCAGGGCUGGAGCCCAGGCCUGACGUGGAUCUUCCCCAUUUCAUUAUAUCAAAUGAGACCAGCCUGGAGAAGUCAGUGCUGUUGGAGCUGCAGCAGCACUUGGUCAGCACCAAACUGGAGGGGAAUGAAACACUAAAAGUUGUAGAACUCGACAGAAGAGUGAACGCCACCUUUUAAAGAGACCGUCGCCACCUCCCUCUAUCUCCUCACUCUACCUUUAUGUCUCCAAACCGCCUUUGUCAUAAGCUUUUCCUUUUUGCCACCCGAUCUUGACCGAAGACCUGGACGUGCAGUCAUGGCUUUGGAUGCGAGGACAGCCUGGGAUCUCCACCCACGGUGAGAGAGCGCCUCCCCCGGUCCCACGUCCCUCCCUGCAGAAGCGAGCCCGCCUCUCUCCCUCCCUGUUGCUUACUGCCAUAGGAAAUUAUCUUAGGGUCAGGGGUGGGACGAGCAGGCUUGUUUCUACCGACAGUGCCAAAAAGAUACUGCCUGCUUCUCACCGGGGUGGGUGUGACCACCUCUUUGAAGAAGAGCUGACUCUUGUUCAUUCGAGACCCCCAGCUCGAGCCACAGAAAUACCAGGAUGCCUGUUGGAAUCUGGCAAAGCACUGACUGACGUCCUGCCUUGCUCAGCCUGGGUCUCUCCUGCCGCUCUGCGCUGAGCCCCCACUGACUUGUCCUCCGGCACUGGAGCUGGAGCGAGGCGUCCCCUUCGUACUCUCAGGCCGCAAGUGCAAUGCCUGAAGGAAUCAGGCUUUUCUACUCCAGGCAAACCUGCCCCAUCAUGUUGCUUGUAGGAUUUCUCCACAAUCUGUGUCCCCACAUGCCCCUAGUUCUGCCUCCUUGGCUUCUCCUCCCCAUUUGUAAAUAGUAUUUAUUAGCUUGCUGAGGCUUCCCUGGGCAACCACACUGAAGACAUCCGGACGCCUCCCUCCAAGCUAGCAAAGUCUUCUGUUGGCCUUUGGAGCGAGGAGGGCACCCUAGGCUCUGGGAUCCCCAAUCCUUCCAGGCCAUGUUUUGCUUUCUGUUCUUCUUUUUUGCUGGAGCCCUAUAAUUAUAGUUGGGAAAUCUCCCUAAGCAUGUGUCCUCCUGUAGAAUGAACUCAGAGGGAAAGUUGGAGCAGUGCCUUGCUCAUGUCUGGGGCUCUGUGGAUAGAUGCUUUUUCUGUCCCAUACCCAUAACAGGGAAGGGAAGCCCUGUCCCUGACAGCAGGCAUUUCAGACAACCCUGCUAGCUUGUCUCUCUCCACCUCCCCUGACACUUCUGCUUUCCCCCUCCUCUUCUGCUUCAACACAGGAGGUGAGCCUUGAGGCCUGUUCCUGGGGUCAGAGUAGGUGACAUUUGUGUAUCCAGUCUUACCUUUUAUAGUCAGGUUUGGCUACUUUGCAGCUCACCCAAAGAGACACGACCUAAUCCCCCAACCUACUCUUAUUUUUUUUAAUGAUUAAAAGUAACUUUUGUAG